AUGAGUCUCUCAAUCCAGUCUCUACUCUGUGGCGAUGCAAAUGGUUACUCUGGCUACCCCCAAACCACCGACGAAAACCAGGGUGUUGCUGCCCUACUGCUGAGCUGGGAGGGCGAGUCAUCUGCCAGAAGCAACGUACUCGAAUUCCAGCGGGUUUUUGAAGAUGACUACCGCUUCUGCACGCAAACUUUCGAGAUUCCAACCGUGGAAAAUCCCAUUACAAAACUCGCAGCACCGCUAGAUGCUUUUCUCGAAAAAGCGAAUCAAAGCCGUCUUCUUAUUAUCUACUACACAGGAUAUGGCUUUCUUGACUCUUCCAUGCAGCUAUGCUGGGCUCGAUCUGCCCAACAUCGCUCGUUUAGACUGAAAUGGGCUGCUCUUUGCCUUUGCCUUGAAUAUACCCGAGCUGAUAUAUUCUUUUUGCUGGAUACCUAUGUUAAGUUCGAGACUAUUCCCUCCAGCCACGGGUUGAGACAAGUGAUCGCCGCAGGGCAGCAAACUGCCCCAGACUCAUCGAACUUCACGAAGUGCCUUGUUCAAGCGCUCCACAACUUACACAGAAGCCCGACGUUCUCUACUGGACAACUAUUCGCCGACAUGACGGCCAUCGCCAGGGCCAACAACUCCAGUUCCUUCAUGAAGACACCCGAUCUAUCACCGCCUCGAGUCCUCCCUUCGGAAUACAAGAACAGCUACCCGAGUUCGGACUCGAACUUAGCUUCGCGCUACCCGGGCUACGGAUCAGAUAUUGGAAAUGGACAUACAAAAGGCCAGGAUCAGUCUAUGGCCGCCUCACGGCUCAACGGCCGGGACAGGAAAUUUCCGUGCUCUUUCUCCUUCGCCGGCUGCAAAAGCGAAUUCGGACGUCAAGGUCAGUGGCAGCAACAUCUUGAAAUGGUACAUUUCCAUUUCGAAAGCUACGAAUGUUUGGCCUGUCACCGGAACGGCAACUUCAAAAUGUACUCCCAUAUAGAAAGUUUCAGAAGGCAUCUUCGUCAGGCGCACGGAUAUAGCCGCGAAUACGUUCUACAGUGCGUGGAGGGUUCGCGACGGAGGCGCAGGCAACCACCACUAAUGAUGUCCUGUCCCGCGAAAGAGUGUGUCAAAAACUUCUGCGGUAUCGGUGCCUGGGAUGACUGGGCUAAGCACGUCUGGACGCACAUAAAGCUUGGUCACGAAAUCGCUAUCGAACGCAACACUUCGUUCAUCAACUAUUCGGUAGAUGCAGGCAUCAUCAUGCAAGGUUCUAAUAGCAAAUACAGAUUAUGUCGCUAA